AUGGGCCGAGCUUUCAAAAUUCAUGCUCGUUCUCCCAAGGUUCUUCAUCACAUCAUUCCUCCACCCAAAGGUAAGGAGAAGCCGGCUCCCAAAACUGAUGAGGAAGUCGAAUUAUGGAUGACCAUUGACGCCACCGUGCUUCAAUGGAUAUAUUCGACAAUUUCGAAUGAUCUGUUGAACGCCGUCAUCGAACCAGACGCUACUGCCAUGGACGCUUGGGUUCGCUUACGUGAUAUAUUCCAAGAUCAUCAAACUUCUCGUGCGGUGACUCUCGAACAAGAAUUCACGACGACUCGUAUGGAGGAUUUUCCCAAUGCCUCCGCCUAUUGUCAAUGUCUCAAGAGCCUUGCAGAUUAA